AGCAAGUUAUUUUUAGGCUAUGACGACUCCUCGCACCCGUGCAUGUUGGGGCAUGCAGCGAGGUCGCCGCUAUAUAAGUGGGGAGGAUGUGUAAAGAGGCAGCAGUCUUCGCAUCGCUUCGGGAGUGUGCGGAGCUCGCUUCAAAAUGCCUAGAUGCGUGUUCUGCUUUUUUGAUCCUCAUGAUAUCGGUGAUGAUGAGCCAUUGGAAGAGAAUUCACCAUCUUCUCCAGACAUUUCACCUGGCACAUUGCAUGCUCACGUCGAGCGAUCACAUCCCUAUGUGGACAUUUCCUUCCUGCCUUUCUUUCAAACUGAUAGCGCAUUUCGAGGUACCGUCAAAGCGUUUGUGCUAUUGGCAUCUGUUCACGAUCAGGGAGUAGAGGACUUGGGACAAUAUUUAAUGAACAACCUCCACAAUAUAAUUGCUAUUUUGCGAGCGCAAAGAAUACCCUUUAGAUUUUGCAUUUGUUCUGACGUUCUAAUGAUGAAAGAAAAUCGAGGGGAUAUAACCGCACACAUAGCUCAUUUUAUGGCGCUUGCUCGCGAAGUCCACAGCGACGGAGCUAUUGCAAAUACUUUGAUGGACGUGAUUCAGGAGUCCACCGGGCGCAUUGAAAAUUACCAGCGUGAGGGUAGUGGGUUUGUAUCCACCGACGUCCAAAAAGUUCAAAUGUGUAUUUCCGCUGUGAAAACUAAAAAGUUUGGAUGCGAGGGGGUACUUCCCACAAAUUUGGCUAAACGCAGGAACGUGUUAACGAAUAUCCAUUUACCAGCACGCAAGGAGGGUGAAUGUUUUAAAUACAAUACACUCGCUCUCCUGCAUCCACAGGAAAGGAAUUCGUGGAAAAAAUGUGAAAAUUAUGCAGCAGAUUACUGGUGGCCAAGCCGCUUCCCUGUUUCAUUCUCUGAUCUGGAUGAAUUUGAAGUCCAAAACGAGAUAUCCGUGUAUGUUUACGCCUAUGUCGAUCAGGGAGUGCACGUGUCGCGACCCGCAAAACUGGAAUUCGAAAAGAAAAUUCAUCUUUUGGAGGUUGAUGAGCAUUUUUUUGGAAUAAAGUCCCUCGAACGCUUGUUGACAACAAGAAGUAACCAUUUUGUAUGCGAACGCUGCACACGCUCUUUCGUGAAGGAAGAGAGCAUGGCGAAACAUCGACGCUUUUGCACGGACAUAAACGAAAUCCUGUUGGAAUUUUGCGAGCCGGGAAAAAAUUUUGUAGAGUUUACUAAAAUACAGUACAUGCAACAGUACAACUAUGUCAUUGCGUUGGACACUGAGAGCGUACUCGCACCCAGUGGUGUUGGCAUGCAACGUCACAUUACCUCUAGCUUCUGUGCUGUGCUCGUGCGUACCCGUGACUCAAAGGUGAUGCGCAUUAGAACACACCAUGGGGAAGAUGCGGCAAAGCAGUGUGUGAAGGCACUCAUGGAAAUGCGUGAUGAAAUGAUUGCCUUGAAUGCCUGCCCCGCUGCAAUGGUGUUGAGCGAUGAACAACAGGCCAAGCACAGAGCUGCUACCCUCUGUGCAUAUUGUAAACGGGAAUUCGCGAAAGACCUACCUCGUGUCCGGCAUCAUGAUCAUUCGAAGCAUUGUACUGCGGGUGAGACAAAUUAUAUCGCGACACUGUGCAACCCCUGUAACGUCGCGUGCACUACCAGAGAAAAAUUGCCGAUCAUGGUCCACAAUUUGUCUUAUGAUCUGGCUGGACUGUUACGGGAAUUUCACGUUCUCGGGUGGAAGCGACCUCCCUUCAUUGUGGCCAGCUCCAUGGAAAAAAUUUGUUCGUUCGAAAUUGGUACCUUCCUCUUCAGAGAUACCAUGCAGUACCUAAAUUCGUCGUUGGGGGACCUCGUGGAAACCGUCAAAUCCAUGGGGGGAGCCGAGGCAUUCCAAUGCUUGAAGCAGGUAUUUGGAAAGGACUACGAAAUUUUACUUCGUAAAGGUGUAUUCCCGUACAGCUAUGUCAGUUCUUUCGCAGUUUACGAUGAAUUGACCUUGCCAGAAAAAUCCUUCUUUCGAAACGAUCUCACGGGGGAGGAUAUAAGUGAGAAGGACUACCAGUAUGCAUUGCUCGUAUUUAAACAUUUUGGGUGCUUAAAUUUGAGGGAUUAUAAUGCAUUGUACCUGAAAACGGAUGCCAUAUUACAUGCGGACUUGAUGCAGCACUUCCGACGUCUACAGCGCGCGCGGAUUGGAAUUGCUUCAUUGUGUUUCUCUGGCAUCCUAUUCGUGGCAAUGCGCCCUAAAUUACACGCAGGCAAAAUUGGAAUUGAUCACCGAAGACGACAUGUACAGAACCAUCGAAUCAGGCGUUAGAGGUGGGCUCUGUCAGGCGAGCAGGCGUCAUUUGCAGGCUAACAACCCUCUGUGUAGUGGCUAUGAUCCCGAUAAAGAGGAGGUGUACAUAUCAUACAUAGAUUGCAACAAUCUUUAUGGAUUUAGUAUGAUAAAGCACCUCCCCGUCGGUGAUUUCGAAUGGGUCGAGGAUUUUAGCUCCGUGGA